AUGCGAGUUCUGCCACUUUGUACUAUCGCUGCCGGCUCUAUAGCCCUUAGUAGGGCCAAUGGAUCACCACUGAAUCGACGAGACUCCAGCACAACCAUCCCUCUAGUGGCCACCCAAUUUGGAACAGUAUUCGAUGUCCCAGUUACCAUCGGCAACCAGACCUUCCAGCUUCUCGUCGACACCGGUAGCAGCGACACCUAUGUUAUGAAUACCGGCUUCACAUGCAUCAACGGGACAAGCAACCUAGUCAUUCCCCAAGCCGACUGUCUCUAUUCCAACAAAACAUACCAUACAUCGAGUACAUACCGACCCGUUCAAAAUGAGAUGUUCGGCAUCCAAUACGGUGCCGGUCUCGCAAGCGGUAUCCUAGCCUACGAAGAUGUCAAAGUAGGAGGCAUUGCUGUCCAGAGUCAAAAGAUCGGAAUCGCGAAUAUAUCUAACCCGAUGGGUGACGGUGUUAACAGUGGUUUGCUUGGCCUAGCAUAUCCGUCCAUUACAUCGGCACACCCUGCUAACCAUACGUCGAAUGAAACGUACUGGUUCGACCGCCUACCCUAUAAUCCACUGCUCUACACUAUGCAUAAAAAGGGCAUCGUCGAGCCUUAUUUUAGCUUGGCACUCGCGCACACUCCUCAGAAUGAGUCUACUGCGUUUGGGGGAUAUCUUACUCUCGGGGGCCUCCCGCCUGUCAAUCAUAGUGAAUUCACUACAGUUCCCGUCGAAUUCACAAAGAAUAUACCACUCAAUUAUACCUCUGGAAAGAGGGCUCGAACAUAUUGGUCUACGACACUUACGGGAGGGAUAUAUGGUUCAUCGAUGAAUAACUUGACGACAAACUUGACUCCAUUUCAAGCGUUUAUCGACUCGGGUAACUAUAUUUCAUUUUUACCAUCCGCUAUUGUCGACUCGGUUAAUUCACUAUUUUCCCCUCCGGCAACCUACGACGCAGCAUCGGGAAUGUACAUUGUCGAUUGCUCAGCAAAGGCUCCGCAGUUUGGCUUGAUCAUCAAUAAUGCGACAUUCUGGCACAAUGGCGAGGAUCUGAUAUACCAGACAUCGGAGGGGGUCUGUGUAUCGAGUCUUGCUAGUUCGGAGAGCGUUUCUAUCGGUGGUCUUACGUUGAAUAUUAUCGGUGUUCCGUUUUUGAAGAACGUUGUGGCUGUUUUUGACUUUGGGAACAACGAGAUGAGAUUUGCGAAGCUCUUGGAGUUUGGAGAUGGGGGGUUAGGUGGCGUUGGUGCUGGGAAUGGUUCUGUUUCCUCAACGUCGGCUGGGUCGAGUAUGCUAAGUACUAGCACGCCAUGGAUUGGCUUUGGGAUGGCACUAUUUGCGUCUAUGGUGCUUAGCUCGUGA